AUGGCACCUGGAAGAAGAAAAGGGAAGAAGAACAAGUUUGCAAUUGUAAUAAAUAACGUGAGCACAACGGACAUGACGAAGGAGGAAAUAGAAGCGUAUGUCGUACUCUUGCGAGAAGAGUUAGAGAAAGAGAAGCAAGAAAGAAACUUGGCACUACUGGAAAAGCAAAAAAUAUCAACAUUUUGGGAGCUAACCAAGAAGCAACUUGAUGAGGCAAGAUCACUUCUUAUCAAGAAAGAAAGAGAUCUGGAAGACACUGAUGAAAAACAUCAGCUUGAAAUGAAGAUAUACAGACAAAAGUUGAAACAUGUAAUGUUUGAACAAAAUACACGUGAUUCAGCGGCUAAAAAAGAAGCCUUACAAAGUUUAAGUAAUUCAGAAAAUGAGGCAAGAGCAGAAAUCCGCGCAAUACGCAAUGAGAAUUAUACACUGAAAGUAAAACUAAGACAACAAUUAGUUCGAACAGAGGAGACAAUUAAACAGUUGAAAAGACAACAUGAAUUAGAUAUAGCGCAUAUAAGACAAGAUUUUUCCAGACAAAGAGAAGAAUUAGAAAUAAGAGCUGGUACACAAAUGACACAGUUACGUAAAACAAUUGAUACACAACGUCGUGUUGAAGUACAUGAAACAGAAGAACGUAAAAAUGUGCAUAUACAAAAUUUAGAAAUGAAUCAUGAACAAGCAUUUGCUAAUAUGAAGUCGUAUUAUAAUGAUGUUACACUAGGCAAUGUCAGUGUAAUUAAAACACUACGCGAAAAUAUAGAUGAAUUACGUUGUCAGCUAUCACGUGUUCAACGUCUUCUUGAUGAAAGUUAUGUUGAAUUGAAUAAAAAGAAAGAAGAAUUAGCUAAGACAGAUAAGGAAAAUGUACACUUACGUCAAAUUGAACAUUUAUAUGAAAUGGAGAAAAGUGCACAUGUUCUGACGAAAAAUAAUGCUAAAAAAACGUUGAAGUCAAUGAAGAAUUUAGAAGACAAUUAUGAUUUGCUGAAAGCUCGAUUUGAAGCUCUAGAUAAAAUGCGAGGUAAUUUAGCUCAAACUUUUGAAAAACUUUUAUUGGAUGUACAACAACGUAUGGGAUUGAAAACUUUAUUAGUUGAAAGAAAAUUACAAUAUUUAGCUGAAAUGUUAGAAACACGUGAAGCCCAAGUUAAACAAUUAUUAAUUGCACUUGAUAGUGAUCCACAAUCUGUUGAAAUAGCUAAAGGACACUUAGAAGAUUUGCUAAAAAGUAAAAAUGAAGCAAUCCAUGAAUUACAAUAUGAAAUUAUGAGAAUGGGAAAGGCAUAUAAUGAAUUAUGGUCAACAUGUCAAAGUAAACUUGUCGAUGAAAUGAAUUCACCAAUUAAUUUAGGCAUAACACCAGUGAAAGUGAAUAUUCAAUUAAUUUCACCAUUUAAUCCAUCAACAGCAUUAGGUAAAAAGUUAAAUGAUCCUAUACUAAAUCAUAAACCUCAUCCUCGUCUUUAUGAUCGUCAACAAAAUAGAGAUGACGAUGAUUCUGAUAGUGGUAAUAAAAAUAAAGAGAAAAAUGAAAAUACUAUUGGUAAACCAAAAUGUAUAGCACCAAAAUAUGGUAAAGGACCAACUGGUCUAGCGUCUAUAGCACCAUUUUGA